AAACGCUUGAGGACUCGUGAAGCUUUCCUUUGGCCUGUUAACCUGCCAAUAUUACCACACAUGUUGGAGCUGUACGACUUCAGUUUUUUUCUGGAGCGGUCAACUCUGGCCUUCACCAUGGCUAAGCCAUCCACCAAACCUAGCUGGGAGACCCUUUAUCGUCCUCUCCAGAUCGAGGUGUGGGGCCUCGUAGUGGCUUCAGUUGUAGUUGUGUAUAUUGUCCUUCUGAUGAUGAAUACAAGCGGUAAAGACAAGGGACUUGGUGCAUGGCUAGUAAUGAAGCAGGUACUUGGGACACUACUUGAUGAGGCCAUCCCUGGAGAGCUACCACAACGAAGUACAACGAGGGUGGUUUUGACGGCAUGGCUGAUCUUUAGUUUCGUCGUGGGAACAGUUUACCGCAGCAAUCUCACUGCCUCCCUCACAAUACCAAAGUACCCUCCUCGCAUCGAGACUCUCAGCGGACUGGUUGAUGCAAAUACCAAGCAAGUACACCGAGCAUUUUUUUCAUUCAAUGUGUCACUCUGUUUACCAGUAUAGGGCAUAUAUUCAGCUGUUGUUUACAGAGGAUACUACAUUGAUAUAUAUAUAUUUGAGUGAGAGUUUGAUAUCUUAUAUAGAUUUACGAGUAUAUACAGAGGUAUAGAAAUAAUGAAAUUCUAAAAUGCAGUGACCAACCAUUAUUGGAACACACCUACUGCUAUGGGUAAGAUAUUCUCAGGGAACUGCAAACUUGGGAAUAAUAAUAAUAAUAAUAAUAAUAAUAAUAAUAAUAAUAAUAAUAAUAAUAAUAAUAAUAAUAAUAAUAAUAAUAAACGGUUUAUUAUUUAGGCAGUUAACAAACUGAAAAUGUACAUAGGGGGUGGGGAAAUACUUAACAUUAAUCCUAAAGGUAAGUCUAAUCUAGAAGGGACAGAAUGUGUGUGUGUGUGUGUGUGUGUGUGUGUGUGUGUGUGUGUGUUUUGGUGGGGGGGCGGAGGCGGACAGUGACAUUGGCUGAAAUGACAGCCUCCUACCUCAUUUCUAAGCUUCUAACACAACUAUGUGCCUAUUUGGUGACCAGUGUGCCAAAGAAUUGUAUUCCCGAGUACAGUUUCUUCACUAAUUUCUUACCAAGAAUGAGAAAAUGUGUAAUAUCUUUCCAUUAAUGGCUGGAAGUACGGAGACAUCCGUGAAGAGGCUAGCUGAUCCGGUGAUACCAGCCGUUAUGACAGCCUCCUCACUCAUUUCUUUGCUCCCUGUAUGACUAUGUGCCUAUUCUGUGAUCACUGUGCCAU